CGAAAAGGAAAUCCACGUGGUGAUCCAAUUCCGGGAACUCGAGCACGCACUGCAGCUCACGCCGUGUAAGCGCCAUGCCGCCUUCCACACCCUCGACGUUCACCCACGUGCGGUAGACGCGCAGCAUGCGCUCUAGCCGCGGCAGCGCCAGCAGACCGUUCAGCUCGCGGGCAUGGUCCAGCGCCUCCAUGUGAGUGCGGAAUUCGAGAGUGAUGGUCAAGAUACUUGAAGCUUCAAGUGAAGCGUCGCAGUUGAGGUGAUGGUGAUUACUGCACUGAACCUCCAGUAUUACGCUAAGCGUUUAUGCAAGGUGCGGUUUUCUCAUGCUGGAACCUAUGCAAUGACGACUCGGGCUCCUAGCGCUCGACGCGUACAAUGCCGCUUGCCUUGUCUGGUAGUGCAUGUACCUACUUGUUCCUGCCGUCUUGUGGAUUGGCAGAGCUUGGUGUUUCAGUGUGAAGACAGUAAGCUGCACAUCCAUCUGUCUUGAACUCCCCAGCAAUAUAAUCUCGCUCGCCGCAUGUCAGAAGCGUGGUCGCAAACAUACUCAGAACACACAGGGCUGUCUCUCCAGAACCGUAAAAAACGAAAUUGACCGAAAAAAGAAGAAAGAAUUCACCACAGUGGCCCUGUAUACGGCACGCCAAAGCGAACUUCGAAUCACCGUCCAAAUCUGAAAACCCCCACAGCACAUUAGAGACAGCCUCCUCAUGCGCUCCUCGUCCUCUCCACGCGGCUCGCUGCGUCGCUUCUUCUCGCGUCGGCGUCGCCGCGUACCUCGCGGUGCAUCGGGCCGUACGACUCCCGUGACUGGAGCCGCCGCACAACGAUCGCUGGCUGCACGGACGCGGCUGCUGGACUCAUGGAGUCUACCAGAGCUCUUUGCGCUGCGAGAGCUCGUACACAUCGCCGUGAACAAGACCUUUAUUGCGCCAGAUGUGCAGCUCGAUCCUCCAGCUCUUCAACGCGCCGCUCGUGGCGACGAACCGAUGCGUGCAGGUACCAGCAGCUCCGCCAGCUCCAGCACGACAGCUACCUCCAGUAUCGAAGACCUCAAACGCCAGCAGCAGCUGCAGACACACGUGGACUCGGCUCUGGUGCGCAGCAAGCGCUUCUACUUCAGUCGACGCGCCGACACGAGGCUGCGGCUCAGUACGAGGAGACAGUUCGUGCGGCUCUUCCCGCUGCUGAGCCGCACGUCCAGAACAGCGCAGCGCGCGCUCUUCCGGGCCUUUGACGCCAAUGAUACGGGCAAAAUCGAAUUCGAUGAGCUGUGUGAGAUGCUGGCUAGAGUGAAGCGGGUCAGGAGCUCAUCAGUACGAGACAUGGCAGAGCUGGCCUUCACCUGGUUCCAAGGAGACCAGAGCGAGGCUGUGUUGACCCAUACAGAUGCCAAGCUACUAGCAGUGGCAGUUAUGGAGCUUGGAGGUGACAACAAGGUACAGACAGAGCACGGAUACGACUUGGUGGCGUCUCUGAUGAAGUUGGUGCUGGGACGAGACCAGUAUCAAGUGACGAAACAGCAUUUCUGCCAGCAAAUGGACAGCGAACUAGGCGCACACGCACUGCAUGUGCUAUUGGCACCGUUUGGUGUAGUAAAAGCACUGCUGGAUGAGGAGACGAUUCUACAAGAAGUUGACAAUACGCGGUGGAAAGCAGGAGAUACGGCGUACGUUGUGUCUAGUAGCUGGUGGACGCAAUGGCGGAGAUACGUGCAACCUGAUCACUGCAAUCAUCAUUCUCAACAGAAUCCGACAAGAAGUAGCACUAACCAGCAUGAGCAGGAAGCAGGAGAGCAACAAGUGCAGGAACAGGAGAGAAAUGCUACGCAAGGACAGCACGUUGCGGAGUAUCAUCCUCGUCCUGGACCUAUCACCAACAGGGGUAUCUGUGCGAACGAACAGCUAGGAACGUUGCGACCAGGUCUUGUUGAAGACGAAGACUUCGUUCUAGUGUCCUCUGCUGUGUGGAAGCGGCUGGUACAAGUGUAUGGAGGUGGACCUGAAUUCCCACGACAGAUAGUGGAGGUCUCAUCAUCUGAUGAGCAACAGGAAAUGCCACCGAGAGAGGAAGACGGAAAGCCAAACGAAAGCACAGGUGUCGCGUUGGUCUUAAAGUUGGGAAAUCAACUCGAACAACGAGUUCAGGUGGACCUGUAUCCUGUGGUGUUACAAGUGCGUCUAGCACGACAUGACUCACGGCACGUCUAUCUUGUAUACUCCCGACGGUUUUUACUGCACCAUACUUCAUCUCUCAAAGAAAUUGUGCAUCGUAUGGGCAUCUUUCCCGGUGUAAACGCAAGAGAGGUAACAGUUUGGUUGCGUCGUCGCCGUCUUCAGUCGUGGGCGCGUUUAGAAUGCAGUCUAGAAGCCCCACACGCUACGCUUGAUGGGUUACAGAUUACAAGCGCUCAAGAACUGCUUGUGGAUUUCCGAGCUCUGGACAUUGAUGAAAACCCACAAAGCAUUGCUCAACAACGUCGACGGAGUAGCAUCGCCAGUUUGGCUCCUCGAACGCCGUUUACUGUGCCCAUGCUGCAACCCGUGGGGAAUGACUUUGUUUGCUGCCCACGUUCCAGCCUUGCAAAGUUUGCCAAGACAGGCGAUUGGAAGAUUCUGCGCGAGAGUAUGGCUGCCGAACGGGAAGCAGCUGCCAAUGCUUCUGCGGUCUCUGGACACGUCGGUCCUGGAGGAGUACUUAUUGGUUUCGCCAAGCACAUGGAAGCAGCAACAAGGACGUCUCGCGGAAGACUGAUUCAACACAACGGUCUACGAGCCACGGGACUCAUUAAUAUGGGCAACACAUGCUUUAUGAACAGCGCAUUACAGUGCUUUGUUCACUCGCCAAUAUUUCGCGAGUACUUCUUGUCGAACAGAUACGAAGCAGAAGUCAACAAAAAGAACCACCUCGGCAGUCGUGGUGCAAUUGCAGCAGCUUACGCGCAGCUACAGAGCUCUCUUUGGCGCGAGCGUGACCAAGGAUACUUACUCCCCGGUCGUUUUCGAGACGAUUUUACGCGUAUUCGUCGCCACUUUGAGGAAACGCGCCAAUAUGACGCACAUGAAUUCAUGGUAGCUCUUCUCGAUUGCCUACAUGAAGACCUGAAUCAAGGCUGUCCAAUGAUUGCAGCAUCUGCAGAUGAUGAAAUUCAAAACCAAAGCUCAAAAUGCUUGACCUUUGGUAGUUUUAACGGUGGUGGCGACCUGGAAAGCGUUGAUGGAGACCAGCAGGUUGACUAUGAUUCUGCAGAUUUAUCUUCAGAUGACGUUCAAGGCGAUGCAGCUUGGAGUGCUUACACAAGUGUAAACUCUUCUGUAGUAGUGGAUCUUUUCCACGGACAGAUGCGCAGUGAGACCGUGUGCGCUACUUGUGGCGAGCGCAAGUGUACAUUCGACCCGAAUCUGUUCUUCAGCUUGCCUAUUCCCGAGUCGAGUUUUGUUCGUGUCGAGGUGAGCGUGUUGUUACAAGCGCGAAAGCUCCCAGGUGGUGAUGACGAUGAAAACGACCCGGAAACAGCCCUGCAAAGCGUGCAGCAGGGAUUUUGGCUUCGUCGGGGAAGUAAUGUGGGAGAGUUAUGCGAUCGCAUCGCAGAAGUUCACAGCCGAGCUGGUGGGAACCGCUUUUUGCUAGUGGAAGUACGUCGGAAUCGGAUCAAACGAAUUGUUGAGGGAGACGAAGUUGUGGACAGACUGACAACGGCUGUACCUGGCUCGCUUUCUGCCUAUGAACGUGCUUGGACGCUUGCGGAGAUCCCUGUCGUUCCUGCUAGUAUACGCGAGUAUUUUGACAACGCUAACGUCGCUGAUGAGGCGAAGACGAUUGCAGCUGAGAAGAUCAGAAGCUUUUCCGAUCUUCGAGUGGGAUCACGUGUUGAUGCGAGGGAUAACCACAAUGACUGGCAUUCCGGUACGGUGAUUGACGUAGCUGGAGGCGAUGAUUCCGAGCAACCCCAUCGUGUCUGUGUUCAUUUCGAUGCGUUUAGCAGUAAGUGGAACAAGUGGUUUACAGCUCGCGACUGGAAGUCGAAACGUCUACAGCCGCUUGCAACUCGCACGUCGAAGUCGACUGAGGUAUUUGAGGUACAAGUUGUUCAUCGCUUUACUUCCCAGCCUUCGUCUGCUACGGCGUCGGAAUCCGGCCAGACAAGUGGUGACGAUCAUUCGUUCACUGGGAACCUUCCUAAUUCGCAGAAGCUGAGCACUUCGAGUUCCCACGAACGCCCGACGUUGAACGUGUUCGGUACGCCGCUAUUUGUCACGAUUGCAUCCGAUAAGACUGCUCAAGAUAUGCACCAGGCACUUUUCCUACAGACUGCUCGAUUUUGGCGAGAGUUUAACGGUGAUCCCGAGUCUACUGGCAACCACAGCGACUUGAACCAAACAAAACUACCGUAUGAAGUCCGCGUCGUGAACUUGGAAGACCUAACGAGUGAACGUGGCGAGCCAUUACCGACAGACUCAAGCGCGUUGCUGCAGCACUUUUCGACGCGAAGUGUGCUAGCACUGGACUGGUUUAAUGUUCACGACUACUCAAGUUGCGAAGAACGAGCGUCCGAUGACGUGCCUGAUGAAGUCGUCGAAGCCGCUAAAGCGGAUCCGGACUUGCGCGCUGAUCUUGAUGCUACUUUAUUAAAAGAAACAACAGAGGCAGAAGAGAAGGUGUCAGUGGUAGACGACGAUAGUCCACCGAUGUAUGCUGUCCCGCUGACCAAGUGCAUGGAUGCUCUAAUGCGCGAAGAAGCUAUUUCCCUGGAAGAUCACUGGGUCUGUGAGCGCUGUGGUGUUCCUCGUGAAGGCACUCGGUUAUCUGCAAUCUGGCGACUACCAGACUUGGUUAUGGUGCAGCUUAAGCGCUUCCAAUAUCUCGAGAACCAGCACAAGCAGAAGGUUCGCGCACUGGUUGACUUCCCGCUUAAAGGUCUGGACUUCUCAAAGUGGAUGGGUCAUCAGGAUGCAGGCUCGUCAGUGUAUGAUCUCUAUGCUGUGGCUAACCAUGUUGGAGGACUCACACGGGGUCAUUACACGGCGUAUUGCCGCUACGACGCUGACUUCCCGGAGAGCUCCGCGCUCUUAAAAACGAACGAAGAGAGUGGCGAUGUCCAGUGUCCCGAGCUCUGGUUCCGCUUCGACGACGAAAAAGUAUCUGAAAUCGCAGCGGGCGACGUGGUCACUGACGCCGCCUACGUCUUGUUUUAUAAGCGCCGCACCCUGUCACCUCACAAUGUACUUCGAUAUGCACUCUAGUAACUAUGAGAUAGAUAAGAAAAAAAAAAAAUACUUACAACAAUGAGUUUCAAAGGUGCAA